AAAUUUACGCUGUCAAAUUCCCGUUGGGUUCGCCGUGAACGAACAACAAAACAAAAUCUUGGGUGGUUGUGGGCGAGAGGGCGCGAUAUGGCGAGCUCGCAGCAUUGGAAUUGAUACGGAGAAUCGAACGGAAGGUAUCGGUGUCGCCGCGCUAGAACAUCGAAACAAUGUGCAAUCGGUGGAAGCUUGCACACCAGUGAUACUUGCGCGUGUGUACGAUUCGGUCCCCCCGAAAACGAUCUGUAGAUGUCGUUUAACCCGCCAGCAGUGAGUGCCAUAUGCGUGAUCAGCAGCAGCAACCGAGAAGACCUCCUUCAGCAUAGUGUAUGUAGGUCCUUGACGCAUCGGUUGGUUGCCGGGUGCGUAGCCGACUACUACGAUUGUGUAAUAUACUACUGAAGAGCUAUCUGGUACAUGUGUGUACGCGAGGGCACCGCUACCCUGCCGCCCGGUGCUUGAAACUCGCUGGCUAAACAACGAACGAAGCACAAAAAAUAAAAGAAAGGGACGGCACAAAAAGCUGCGGGCCAGCUAAAAGGCGCGUAGUAGCGCUCCAAGGAUGCAGCAAAACGACGAACGCCCCCGCGAGAUGGCUACCAUCGGGGACAACGUGUUAUCAGAAGGUACCUCGAACAAAGAAGUAUCUCCCUCCAGCGGUAGCCACCAUGCAUCGCCAAGCCGUGAUAGCAGCGACCGGAUAGGCAAAUCUGUAGAAAAUAUGGACGACUAUGGCGAGUCGACGGGAUUACUGGAGCAACCGGUGGCCUCGGUACGAUUGCCGAUCCUCGGCAUGACAUGUCAAUCGUGCGUACGGAACAUCGAAGGUACGAUCGGUAGUAAGCUGGGCGUGGUGAAGAUCAGCGUUAUACUGGCCGAAAAUGCUGGCUACAUUGACUACGAUCCGACGCUGACCGAUCCGGGCCAGCUAGCGGCCGAUAUCGAUGAUAUGGGCUUCGAGUGUACGUACCGUGAUCCCGAUUCGAUCCAGGUGGAAGGUGUUGACAGUGAUGCCGAUGGGCUAACCAGCUCGCCGACGCUCGAAGCCACUGAUACGGUUCAAGUGGCUCGUAUCAGUAUCGAGGGAAUGACCUGCCAGUCCUGUGUGCGGAAUAUCGAGGGCAAGAUUCGCGGGUGCCCCGGUGUACUGUCCAUACGGGUGCUACUCGACGAGAAGCUCGGAGUGGUGGAGUACGAUCGUACGGUGACGAGUGCGGAACAGAUCGCCGAUCAAAUAGACGACAUGGGCUUCGAAGCACGGGCCCUGCAGCAGCAAUCCAGUGCAAGCAGUGAACAGCAGAAACAGAAGAAGACUGACAAUGAUGGCGUUCGGCGGACAGCAACGAAAGACGCAGCAAAUGGCAAAUUGCUAUCAAAAGGGGGAAAUGCGACAGCAGAGGAGCAGCAGCAAAUGUGUCGUGCGUUCCUGCAUGUGCAGGGCAUGACGUGUGCCAGCUGUGUGUCGGCGAUCGAGAAGCACUGCCGGAAGAUUUACGGCGUCGAAUCGAUUCUGAUCGCUCUGCUGGCGGCCAAGGCGGAGGUAAAGUACGACGAGCGGUUAACGUCGGCCGAAGAUAUCGCGAAGUCAAUCACGGAUUUGGGUUUCCCGUGCGAAGUGAUCGAGGAACCGGGUACGGGCGAGGCGGAGGUUGAAAUCGAAAUCCUCGGUAUGACCUGCGGUUCCUGUGUGGCCAAGAUUGAGCAGACGGCACUGAAAAUACCGGGUGUGCUGAAGGCGUCGGUCGCGUUGGCACUGAAGAGGGGCAAGUUUACGUUCAAUAACGAGCAAACCGGAGCCCGGACGAUUUGUGAAGCGAUCCAGGGGCUCGGAUUUGAGGCGAGUGUGAUGUCUAGCAAGGAUAAGAUGGCGCACAACUAUCUGGAGCAUCGCGAGGAGAUUCGCAAGUGGCGUACGGCGUUCCUUGUCUCGUUAGCCUUUGGUGGGCCGUGUAUGAUCGCGAUGGUGUACUUUAUGGUGCUGAUGCACGAUCACAGCCAUGAGGAUAUGUGCUGCGUGCUGCCGGGCCUGUCGUUGGAGAACCUCAUCAUGUUUGCGCUCUCGACGCCGGUCCAGUUCUUCGGUGGGUGGCACUUUUACAUCCAAGCGUACCGGGCGGUCAAGCAUGGUGCCAGCAAUAUGGACGUGCUGAUCACGAUGGCCACCACCGUUAGCUACAUCUACUCGUGUGGUGUACUGAUCGCUGCCAUGGUAAUGGAACAACGGACGUCUCCGCUGACGUUCUUCGAUACACCACCGAUGCUGUUCAUCUUCAUCUCGCUCGGUCGCUGGAUGGAGCACAUAGCCAAGGGUAAGACCUCGGAGGCGCUCUCGAAGCUGCUCUCGCUGAAAGCCACCGAAGCGACACUGGUGAAGCUCGGGGCCGAGUACGAGGUACAGUCGGAGAAGGUGAUCUCAGUCGAUCUGGUACAGCGGGGUGACGUGCUGAAGGUGGUCCCGGGCAGUAAGGUUCCGGUCGAUGGAAAGGUGCUCUGCGGGAGCUCGACGUGCGACGAAAGCCUCAUCACCGGUGAAUCGAUGCCGGUGCCGAAGAAGAAGGGAUCGGUCGUGAUCGGUGGUUCGAUCAAUCAGAAUGGUUUGCUGCUGAUGCAGGCCACGCACACGGGCGAGAACACGACGCUCGCACAGAUCGUGAAGCUCGUCGAGGAAGCGCAAACAUCGAAAGCACCGAUCCAACAGCUAGCCGAUCGUAUAGCGGGCUACUUCGUUCCAUUCGUAGUAGCCGUCUCCGUGGUGACGCUCAUCGGAUGGAUCGUUAGCGGUUACAUCGACAUAACGCACAUACCGGCCUCGGAUCGAGACAAGGAAGGACUGACACCAUCGGAGAUCAUCAUUAGCUACGCGUUCCGCUGUGCACUCAGCGUACUAGCUAUUGCUUGUCCCUGUGCUCUAGGGCUAGCGACACCGACGGCCGUCAUGGUGUCGACGGGUGUCGGUGCGCUGCACGGCAUACUGGUGAAGGGUGCCGGUCCACUAGAGAACGCUCACAAAGUGAAAACGAUCGUGUUCGACAAAACCGGUACGAUCACACACGGUAUGCCGAUGACUUCGCGCAUCUGUAUGCUGGUCAAACCGACCGUUUGUUCGUUGCCCCGUGCCCUAGCGAUUGUCGGUGCGGCCGAGGUGAACAGUGAACAUCCGAUCGCGACGGCGAUCGUACGGUACGUGAAGGAUACGCUGGAACUGGAGAACUUUGGUCGGUGUAGCAACUUUGCAUCCGUUCCGGGCUGUGGUAUCCGGUGUGUUAUAGCGAGUGUCGAGCCACAGCUCGAGACGGUGCGGAACUCAGAGAAGAUCCGGAACUAUCAGAAUUCAUACCGCAGUGAACAGCAGGGUGCAGCGGUGCCGAUCUUUAUGAAUGGAGCCGUAAUCGAAGAGUUGAUACCACAGUUGAGCCCGUCGCAGAAAAAUACGAUCGAGCUGCAGCAGCUGCUACAUCUGGAACCGUCAAUCGUUGACACGACCCCGGGUGCGGCUGGUAGUGGUGGUGAAGCUUUUGCUGAUGUGAACGAGUACAACGUGUUGAUCGGUAAUCGGGAGUGGAUGGCACGGAAUGCGAUCGUCGUGCCGCCUGAAGUGAACAUUCGCAUGUCGGAGGAGGAAGAGAUGGGCCACACGGCGAUACUGUGUGCGCUGAAUGGACAGCUUGUGUGCAUGAUCUCGGUGUCGGAUAUGGUGAAACCGGAGGCACAUCUGGCCAUCUAUACGCUCAAACGGAUGGGUAUCGAGGUGAUACUGCUGACCGGGGACAACAAGAACACGGCGGCCAGUAUCGCACGGCAGGUCGGCAUCAAUCGCGUGUUCGCUGAGGUGCUCCCAUCGCACAAGGUAGCCAAGAUACAGCGAAUACAGGAGAUGGGCAUGAGGGUGGCGAUGGUAGGCGAUGGAGUGAACGAUAGUCCGGCGCUCGCUCAGGCCGACGUCGGAAUUGCGAUCGCUUCCGGUACGGAUGUAGCAGCCGAAGCGGCCGAUGUCGUGUUAAUGCGAAACGAUCUACUAGACGUCGUGGCGUGUCUGGAUCUAUCCCGUAAAACCGUUCGCAAGAUUCACCUCAACUUCCUGUUUGCCAGCAUGUACAAUCUACUCGGUAUUCCUCUGGCGGCUGGUAUUUUUACGCCAUUUGGAUUCACACUAGAGCCCUGGAUGGCAUCGGCAGCCAUGGCGGCAAGUUCCGUGUCGGUUGUUUGUUCCUCGCUGAUGAUCAAGCUGUAUCGUAAGCCCACGAAGGCGUCACUGCAAACACCCGAGUAUGUGGAACUCGUGGAAGCCGGUGCCUUUCUCGAUCCGGACACCAUUUCCGUGCACCGUGGUCUGGAUGAUAUCCCGCGCCCGAACCUUGCCCGUUCUACCAGUUCUACGCUGGCCAAUUUUCUUAGGUCACCUGCAACUGUCGUUAACACCUAAAACCAACCACAACCCUAUGAGCACAUCUACUAAACUGCUAUGAGCACUCUACUAACUCUACCGGCCUCUGGCCCCAUUUAUGGGGGAGACAUUCUCUAACAUCAUUCGUUUCCUUUACUCACCCCGCACCCCUGGGAGUGUAAUAUCUCCUGUCUAACAGCAUAUGUGCACAACUAUCGCUUGGUUUCUAACAAUCUCCAUUUAAGUUUAGCAUAUGGUCCACCGUUUGUGGACAUUCGGGGAACAGAAGCACCUUUGGAGUUGAAGCUUUUUGUGUUCAAACAGUUCAGUGGCUGCCACUUAUCGCUUGAGUUAGAGAGGCCAUCAGAGGAGGCCAUCAAUAUGACCUUUGUUCCACUUACAUACUUACUAGAUAUCGAUAGAGGGUAGAGCUACGAAGGACGUUAAUCAAGUUAUCCACUUUAUUGUCCUGUUAAUUUAUGCAUAGAACAGUGCCUUAAUAUGGUUUCGUUUAGUUGGUUAGUUCGUUUAUAAUUUUUGUUGACAAUUUGAAAAAUUGGUUCGAGAAUAAAUGUGACAACAAUAGACCGCACAAUUUUGACCUUCACGGACGGACGCACCACGAUAACCGAGACACACACACCCACCCUCGGGGCCAUGAUGGAGCAGUGCACGGAAUGGGUAUCGUUUUAGUUUAAAUAUUUUUUGAACAUCCCUCACUAUGAGGUCAUGGUACACUAACACUCCGGGCUGCUUAGAAGAGAACAGAAUGGUUAAUGUAUUUCUA